CAUCUACGUAGUUGGUAAAUGUUGUUAGUGUCAGCAAAGGACAAUGGGGAAAAAGAAACGACAGCACCGGCGGAAGAACCGGGAGGACAAGAUGUUUGACGCACAUGAUCCACCGGCUGGGGGCCAAAGUCACUUCGAAACAGAAGAAGAGAAUGAAGAGGAAACUCAUGAGGGAACUGAAGAUGAAGGAGCAAAUGGACCGGUACAAAGGCAAAGAGGGCAAGGACGAAUAUACAGGGUGGCAUACUAUCAACAUACAAGGAGGUACACCACUGGAGAAGAAUUUCAUCCUUUCAAGCAUCGGGAGUGAUGUGGAGGUGGAGUUCCGUCCUCUGGGCUUCUUCAAAAUGGGAUCCACAAGUGGAUUUUAUCUUGAGAAGAAUGCUUCUGCUGCGAAUGCCAUUGUUGCGCUUGACAAGAGACUCCAAGGGCCAGAUGGAAGUCGGCUCAAGAUCAACCUGAAGAAGUGUGAAACCCCAGACCUCGUGUUGAACACAGACCAGUUACAGGUUUUGCGAGAUGUUCUUUCUCAGAGAUUCAACAAUGAAGCCUGCUUGUUAGAUCUUUCUAAUUUUCAUUAUGAGCAGAGAUUUUUAGACCAGGACAUCCUGGCUCCUCUGGCUAGUACCUCCAUCAUGAAGCAUGUUGUUCGUAUGAUCAGAGAAAAUGUGCCUCAGCUGAAAGCACUCAAUUUAAGCAAGAAUAACAUCAAAGCAAAACAUUUGAAAGGCCUGCAGGGCUUAAACAUAGGAAACUCGCAACUUGCAGCUCUCAACCUUGAGCACAAUGACAUCAGAGACAUAUCAGUACUUAAGCAGGUAAAAAUGUUCCCUUUGUCAGAACUUAACCUUCAGUUUAAUCCUCUGCUAAAGAGUUACAAAGACUGUCCAAUGAAAUAUAUUCGCCAUGUUAGAAAAGAGAUCCCCCAUUUGAAAAUUAUAGAUGGGGUGGAUAUUGAUAUGUAUUUACUAGAAAAUGGAAAGAGCCAGGCUAAUGGGCUGGAACAGUCUGUUUCUCAAGCCAGUGUGAAUGAAGUUGGCUCCAGUAGUAAUACUGUAUCUGAAGGUAUGGUCCGCACCUUUUUAGAGCAGUACUAUGCCCUCAUUGACACCCCACAGCGGAGCAAUCUUGUGGCUGCAUACACUCCUGAUGCUGUGCUGGAGGUUAAAUCUUCCAUCAGUGAAAUCAACAGUAGUGUGCUUGUUGGACAUGAUGAAAUUUCCAAAGCACUUGUAGGUUUCCCAGUGACACAGCAUCAGCACAACACUUUCUCUUUCAAUAUCCAGCCUUUGAGCCCUAAUGUAACACAGGCUGUUAUAACAGGGCAAGUUCUUUUAGCAGGAAGUAGCACUGCAGUUGCUUUUGCACGGAAAAUGAAUAUUGUACCUUUUAAUACAGGAUUUUGUUGUUCUCAGGACUUGUUUGAGUUGCGAGGGUUAUAGGAUUUAUUAUAUUUGUAAAGUUGGAUGGUAAAGUUUAAAAUCUUGCCCAUACAAAGUGAAGAAUCGAUAAAGCAUAACUUAUUAAUUGUAAAUUUAUGUACCUUUUAUGUGAAUAACGAUAUUAUGAAAUGUACUGAAACUUUGUAACAAAUUUCCAGGCAAAAAAAAAAUAGUUAAUGGAACAAAUGCCAUUUUCUACUCGGUACUAUAAUUGUCUCCCAAUAUUAUAAAAAGAAAGAGUUUGAAUGGAGUAUUAUUAUUCCAAACUCUACAGAAAUUCUAAGCAUAACUUCUGUGAAGUCAAAUGUUAUUUAAUUUUGUGAAAGCAUUCCAGUGUAUCGCAUUAAUAGGCGAGAAUGCUUCGACCAAGAAUACCAUCUUUACAUUUUUUGUCAUUCAAGUGAGGAUAAGCUGCUGUUAAAAAGAGUUGUAUGUACUCUACUAUCAUUUUGUAUCUCUUCAUACUUUUUUCUCUUGUUCAUCAUGAUGUUUGCAUGUGUUAGAGAGUAUAAAUGGUUCAAGUAUUUGUAAACAACAUUGAAAGGAUUGAUGUAUGUUUUAUGUUGUUGUAUGAAAGGGGUUAUUGUUGUAUAAAAGGAGGUAAUGUGACUGAUGAACAAACAGUAAACAAGUCUGUUUAGUUCAGAAAGUGACCACCAGUCCAUUUAAAAUCAGGCUAGGAAUUUGUACUAUUUUUUCACAAUAGAUGCUAUCACUAAAUAGCUAAUUGUAGAAUGGGCAGUAUGUUACUGCUUAUAUCAGCAACAAGAGUAUUUGGUGAUUAUAGAAGCAUAUUAAAGUUUUAAGUUGCA